AUGAGUUCCCUAUCCUCCUCUCUCGAACCGGCACAGAAGCGCCGAAAGAUCCGGAAGGGCACUUUCAGCUGCUGGGAAUGUAAGAAUCGUAAGAUUCGAUGCCACUUCACCACGUCAUCGGCAACAAUAUGUGCAUUUUGCCAGAGCAAGGGAACAGGGUGCAUCAGCCAGGAGUGCCCUAACCCUCAAGGCAUAGGCUACCAAGCCGUGGAACAGCGCCUUGACCACGUUGAGGGUCUAGUGGCGCAGCUCGUACAGCACCGAGUGGCCCUUUCACCCUCCCAAUCGCCACUAGUUAGCCAGCAGGUGAACAAAAAUUUGCUUAUCGAUACCGUAGACUCCAGAGCGAUACAGUUUCACAAACCAAACAACAAUGUCACUCCCGAGAGAGGCUCCCUAAGCCAUGUUCAAUCGUUACUUCCGUCUGCUGUCAUCCUUAAGCGAAUCCUGGAUCGCAACCCGCUCCGUGUUCGACCAUUUCAUUUGUUACUCUGCCCAGCAGCACCUACUCAGGUCGACCACCGAUCCCCAUCGGACUCCGAUCAGCCAGUGCACCUUGCACAGAGUAUCAUCCAACUUGCCCUAUGUUUACAACAGCCGACACAAAAUGUGCUAGACCUCCGUUUUGACCAGCCCAGUCAGCAGAUGGGACAUUAUUUUAUCGGCGUCGCAUCUCGCUAUAUCACCUCCCAGGACUUACUCGUCAGCUCUCUCGAUGGCUUAGAGACUCUAAUCUUAGAGGCUCACUUUCAUAUUCGCGUCGGUAGUCUCCGGAAUGCCUGGCUUCUCCUCCGUCGCGCGUUAGGCAUUGCCGGUUUGCUAGGCCUCCCAUGUCGGAAGCAUGGGGCUAACAACCGUGCGGAAUCCAUAUGGUUCCGCUUAGCCUACAGUGAUCGUUUUCUAUCCCUUAUGCUGGGACUUCCUUUUGUCGAUGUGGACUGUCACCUCACCCGUACACGGCAGAUUGUGGCUGACCAGUGGUCUGAUCAGUUGGAGCGCAUUCAUGCUGUGGUGGCAGGCAGGAUCAUUGCUAGGAAUCUCCGCAUGCAGAAACGCCAUAGAGGCCAACACGAGAUACAGGAAAGCCCCGGCAAUGAAUUUCAAGAGACACAGGAUAUAGAUCUUCAACUCAAAAAGGCCAGUCGCAUACCCCCUGUGCGCUGGUGGGCUUCAUCGUCGCUAGGCGAUGGUACGCUAGAUGUGAACUCACCGGAACAGUUCACUCGGCUCCUGACACAGAUACACCAGUUCUAUCUAGUGGUCUCCCUUUAUCAACCGUAUCUUCUAGAGCAUCUGUGCUUGGAAUCCACGGCUCAUCGUCAAAUGGUGGCCCGUCCGUUGCCCAACCACAUGUACAGCAAAAUGGCCGUUCUCUGCGCAAGUCGCGAAGUCCUUGUUCACUUUGGCAUGUUCCGUACCGCCCUAGAGCAUAUUCCAUACCGUGGCUUCAUGGAGAAGGCUUUUUCUUCCGCAUUGAGUCUCCUUCUGAUACACAUGGAUGGGCAUCGACUCAAGACAGAAAAUGUGUUAGAGCACCAGCGUUCUAGAGACUUGGCAGUCAUUGCUGAUGUCAUUCAUGUUAUGGAGGAGAUUUCUGGUGUCCAUAAAGAUAGCCUGACCCAGUCCUAUGUGAAAAUACUAUCUGCAUUAGUGCGCAUGGAGGAGUAUGCAGCGCACGGAGCCGAAUAUCGUACAUGGCUGGAGCCCGAAACCCCCGAGAACAAUGACUCUCAGUCCACCAUCGAAGAUCAGAGCAUGAGCUUCCCGUUGCCAUAUUUUGGCAGGUUCCAUGUCUCACGCGAAAUAUCUCCAACUCCCCCGAAUUACGACUACGAGUUCGGAAUGUGA